GUAGUAAAAAAAAAUGUUUGUUUAGAUUUACAAAUUUUGAUUAAAACAAAAAGAAAAGAAAAAAAAGGAAAGUUUAAGACUUUUUGUCAUAUUAUCGUAUAUCUUUGAGUUAGCUGUUUUUACAUAUAAAAAGAAAAGGAUUUUUGAGAAUCAAGAGAAUCGGGCACAUGGGUACUGACUGACGCACGAGGGAUGCGGAAGGCAUGGGUGACGUUUCAAACUGGGUUUACUCGUUUAAUUGGAACACCUAAAGGAAAUGAAAGAGUAUUUUUCGAAGAAUGGACGUUGAAUUAUUCCGUGACCUUUAUUCGUUUGAAACGUAUAAAGGUCUAUGGUCAUUAUCUUAUCUCGCGAAUUUCUACUCGUUUGUUACGUGUUGCCUCAUGAAGGAAUUCCGAGCAAUCAGCAAGCGUUAAAGCUCGAAUGACGUUGAAUACUCAGAACGACUCGAUUGCAAGAAACGAAUCUCUGGAUAUCCGUGUAUUCAUGUCUAUUAAAUUAAAAACCCACGCUAAAAUCUAUCGAGUACUAACGAUGACGAAUGUAUCCUGAUUCUUUGUCUAGGCAAUAUGUUUCUUCCUCCAGUAGUGCUCACAGAGCUUGCUGAAAUAGAAGAGAUCCACGGUUUUACUAAUUAUUAAAUUACAAUAUACUUUGGUUAUCUAAAAUUUGGAUAUCUUCACGAGUCAAGAAAAAGAAAAAGAAGAAGAAGACGAAGACGAAGAAAAGAAUUUAACUGUGAAGAUGAGGAUAGCUACGAAGUUACGAGUCAACAUUCUUCUUGGCUGGAUCUUUUAUUUUUUUACGUUUCUUCUACUUCCUGCACGAAUAAGUGCUCUCGAGGAGAACUGUACCGAUUUUCAAGGUGGAACAGUCAGGCACGGACUUCUCUAUGUGCCAGGUCCUGCGGUUUGUAGCUUGUGCGUUUGUUAUCACUCGGAACCGAUGUGGUGCCAAGCUAUAUACUGUACACCCCCAUAUAGAUGCAAGAAAUUCCGUGUUGGUGAACGUUGUUGCGAGUUCGAGUGUUUGGACGGCAUGGAUGGUGCACUGGACUGGACCGGACCGGAUUUAAUAAUUGUCGAUGGAUCAUCGAGAAUACAGGAUCAAGGAGUUUUCUGGUUGACGGCAUCUCUUGUUGCUCUUCUCUCCCUGUCCUAGUUCCGGAGACUAAUAAUUUGCUGCUGUUGCUAUUGUUGCUGAGUACCAAAUGCAAUGAUGAAAUAUCAUUCAUUUCUAUAAUUUCCAUCGAAAAGAAUAGUGAUUAAAUGAAACGUUUGGCCAAUAAGAUAAAAUCGUCCAAGUUACGAGGAACCGUCACCAUUUUUCACGAAUUCAAUCCAAUUUAAUCUUCUUCUUCUUCUUCUUCUUCUUCUUCGAAAAAAAAAUAAUUAUCGACCAUCCGUACGACGAUUUUUCGAUCAACGAAUUAAAAAGAACGAAUAAUAAAAAAAAAAAGGAAAAGGAAGUUCGAUUGUAGAAAUAUGACGAUUUGAAGAUUUAAAAAAUAUAUCAAAAAAUUAGUUUUUUAAAUAUUUGUUUUACCUUUGACAAGAAGAAAGAUUAUACGGGAUAUGAAAUAAACGAACGAUCGUGUGAUAAAUUCAUUAAUGACUGUAAUUAGCCGGGUAUUUAGGUGAGAUUUGUGUGUGUUGUUAGUCAAAAGGACAUUGUAGGUUAUAAAUAAAAAAAAUAUGAGACAGGUGAAUGAAAGGAAGAAAAGGAAAAGUAAAAAGAAGAAAAGAAUGAUUAUAUCUAAAGCCGUCUGAUCGUUUGUAUACGAUGAGUUAAUUAGAAUCGAUCUGUGAUUAGAUGCAAAGCGAUGCCCCCGGAUAUAUACAUGCAUAUAUUUAAAUACACUAACACAUAUAAUAUAUUAAUAUACAUAAAUACAUACAAGUAUAACUUAAAAUUUUCUUAUACGUAGAUACCUCUUUAUACCUUUCGCCUCUUUUUUCGAUAUAUUAUAUAAUAAUCAUAAUAAUAAUAAUUAUUAUUAUAUUAAUAAUUCUAAAUAGAUAAUUAGAAUAAAUUAAAUUCACAGUCGUUACAUAUCGUCACGAUUAUCAAAACGGGGAUUUAGAAAUAAAAAAAAAAUAAAUGAAGAAAAAUAUGUAGAGAAAGAGAAAGGAGCAUAGUUCACGAAUCGCCUGUUAUAAAUCGAUUUAGAAGAAUGUAAUUGUUUUUCUUGCAUUUUUUAGAACAUUUGUCUCUAUUGGGUUUCUUAAAAAGCUUGUAGUUAUUUUUGUUAAGAGAAUAAAAAAUAAAUUACACAAAAAAUAAAAAAUAAACCUGGAUCUUUGAGAAAGAGAGAAACACAUUAAAAUAUUUCUAACAAAAUUGCUACGAGCUUUCGUUCGACAAACCCUAAAGAUAUUGUUGUAUGUCCUUUUAAAUACAUAACAUGAUGAACACUCACACAUUUGCAUACUUCACAUAAAAAAAAAAACAUAUCAUCAGGAAAAAAAAA